AUGAAUAUCAGAGGGGCUUUUGGAGAAAUAAUGAAGACAAUUCGCAAAGUUACAAAUCAAGUUAGAGCAAUAAAAGUAAUUUCUAAAGAAAAGGCAAGCAAGGCAGAGGUGGAGACAUUGAGAAUAAAGAUUGAAAUCUUUAAAAACUUAGUAGUGCUUAGAAUAGUUCAUAGAGAUCUGAAACCUGAGAGUAUUUUAUAAGAGGCAAAUAAACCAUAAAGCCCUAUUAAAGAUUUGUUUGCGUCUGGUUACAAAAUGAAUCAGAAAUUGGGAACACCUGAAGUUUUGGAGAGGAGAUAUGAUGAAAAAUGUUAUGUAUGGUCAUGUGGUGUGAUUUUUUACAUUUUCUUUGUGGAUUUCCCCCUUUUAAUGGAGAUACUGAAGAGGAGAUCCUAGAAAGCGUUAGAGUGGACAAAUUACCGAUAACAAAAAUGUAAGAGAGUACAAAAUGGAGAAUAAGUGCUGAAUAAACUUAACGAGACUAACGGAUAACUACAUAUUAAAAUAAGGCUGAGAUAAAUUUAACUUAAUUAACUGAGAAUGGAGAAGAAAUUUUAAGAGGCUGCAUUAACCUUGAUGAUUAAUUAAAUGGCUACAAGUCAACAGAAAUAGGAAUUGUUGUCAUAAUCAUAGGCUUUGGAUCUGAAUGGAGAUGAAAGACUGUCAAAAGAGGAAUUAAUUAUUGGAUAUUAAAAAUUAAUGAGCCGUACUGAUAGAGAGUUAGAAUGA